GUUGAAUGUCGCCUUGGCUUUCCUUGCGUGGCCUCCGUAUCUCGUCGGUACGUGUUUGCCCUCUGUAAAGGUGCAACUCAACGCCGCGUACGAACGCCGCGUACGUACAAGUAUGGUACCCAUCACUCGCCUUCGUUUCGACUGUCUGGGCGCUGCCGUCUUUGGUAAAGUUAUAAUCCUGGACUUGUGGUUUGGGCCGCGCAGACAGCCAAGCGAGUAUUCCCCAUUUGGGCAUGCUCCUGAGAGAAAGUCCCCUAUUCUGCAUUCUGUCGUCUUGGCCUCUACUUGUCGUCCAAGCUUCAAUAACAGGAGGCUAUUCAUCUCAGAGCGGUUAACCACCAACCAGAUGCGACGGUCCCCGUCCACCGCUCGGGCCGCCCUGACAUCCCACCUUCGCAUGUUGUCUCAAUGGCAGAACCAGCUCAUUGCGGAUCGACAACGACGACAAUAAUCCAUUCGACUAUCGGCUUGUCUGUGGAAUUAAUGGGGAAACCUCGCGAAACAAGCAUCAGUGUUCCCAUCAGACGGGGCCACCAGAGCUAAAGCUGCAAACGGAAACGUCAUGCUCACUCUGGCGCACCGAGAUAGAGUCGGGAGGUGACAGCCAUGGCCGGACGGCCUUUGGACAUGUCCAGCGCCCGGAACGGAGCCGCUCGGUGCUCCCUUCGGUUCAACUUCCGUAUGCAAGGUCCGCCGCAUCGGGGUUCGAGUCCUGCCACAACAAGGACAUUUCAAACACUCACCCUGUCCCUCUCUCCAAUGGCCGUCCAACAAAAGCCACAGUGCCGGUUUCAUCCACUCUGUUCUUCUCAGUACCCGGCAUAGCUGAUGAGGUGAGGAAAAGAGGGCUCGUACUAGUGAGCGAGCCCAUGCUACGUAUUCUUCCCUUUCAGAAAGUAGUCAUCCCGUCUAGGGGUCGGCCGGCCGCCCAGUCGCAACCAGGGUCCCUGUCGUCCUCUCCAUGGCCCUGUCGUUUCAGGAUGCAAAAGUUUGGAGACAAGCUCCAGUCGAUGGGCAUCAAUGGCGAACACCAACCACCGGCAAGGCGGGAGGAGUCAGAACGACCUGUUCUUCGAGACUUCCCCUGUCGACGCCCAACGUGCGAGGGCCCCGCACAAGUCGAUCUGCCGCUCACCGAACCCAACCCUCUUGACGGCUAGCCCGGCGAGCCGAAGAAAUGUGUUGACCAUAUGAUAUCAUUGGAACGAUAGAGCAGGACGGGCUACAGAUGAAGCGCGUGCGCAGCCUCAGUGAUCCUCGUGGACACCCUCGUCGAUACGCCAACUGGGCCAACUGCCCUGUCGUUCCGCAGCCGUCCUAAAUCCGGUUGGCAUCGCCGUCGUCAGCCGGACGUCCCAAGUAUGUUUGGGAUCCCUGCCAGUACCCAUGGCCUUGGGCGAUAUUCCCCUACUGUGUAGUGUAUCACAGAAAAGUGUGACACACCAAAGCCUGUGCGCCAUCAAUAACCUGUAGGCUUCAGGACGAGCUUUUCAUAUUGGCAGAGAAGAAAACAAAGAAGAAAAACAAUGAGUGACUCCCUGAGAGGCGCCCUUUGCCGCCGCCCACCUAUGCGCGUCUGCUCAUCCACCCUCGCUGCCUCGCAACCACUCAGUUGCUCUCGCUGAUCAGACUACCAGGUUUCCGUUGCUGUGGUCCACGUGCCCCUUCGGCAAACAACCCCAUAGGAUAACCAAAGAAAGUAUAACAUUGUCUCCGCCAUCGAGCUGUCUUGGGUCGUCUUGGGAGGUAUUCGAAGGAGCCUGUAUGCUCCGCACCUUAUCCCUCCCGUCGCUCGAGCAUCCUGGCGGCUUGAGGGCGGGGUGGGGUUGCAUGGCGACGCAAGGCAGGGCCCGGAGGAAGCUUUCCAAAAGAAAAGACGUAAAAGGCCGGCAGGCCGGAUCGAUACGUUCGGUUCUUGCCCGGGUUGUCUACCUCUCUCUCUCUCUCUCGCUCUCUCUCUCUCUCUCUCUCUCUCAUUCCCGACGUUAUCUUCUUCAGUUAUUCUGUUCGCCGCGAGCCAUCUAUUUGCUCGCACUUCGACCCUCCGCUUUGGCAUCUCUUUACCCGUAUCAAUCCAGGGUAUCGUAGAAGCCCACUCCUCCUGUUUUCGGCAGCAAACCCCAUCCAUGAGCCAGCUCAGCCUCAGCCGACUCGUCGAAUACAAAAUGCAAUCGACCAUUGUCUUGUCCCCGUCGAC